UAAGAAACAUUAAUGCAAGUGUGACUAAACUUGUGACUUGUAAUAUAUGUAAAUAUAUGUACUGUAAGCUGACCAUCAAAUGUCAUCAAAUAUCAUAAAGAGUUUAAUUGAUUCCUAAUAACCGUUAUAGAUUUUUGAUGCUCAGUGUUUAUAAUGAAUAUAAUUGAUUUUCUUUCCUCUAGUGGCUCAAACUCUCCAUUGAUAAAAACAGCUGAUUCUGAACAUCCAAUCAAACAUCUCUGUGUGACGAUAAGAAACAACAUUUAUAACAGAUUCUGGUUUUAAUUAGCAUUACUAUGAAAUUUUUACCUGUGCUGCUCCUACUAUGGGCUCCUCCUUCAGAUGCUGCAGGCCGACUGAGAACAUUCCACUUAGAAACAAAAAAUGAUCCAAAUGCAGCUCGAGAUAUUUGCAGAAAUAAAUAUACUGACCUUGUCACAGUUUAUGAUCAUAAAGAGAAUAAGGAGCUUUCAAAUAUUACUUGUCACUGGAUUGGUGCCUAUAGAAACAAUACGAGUGAGAAAUGGUCAAAUGGGGAUGAUGUCACAUUCAGACCAGGACACAAGUGUCAGAAUGAAUACUGUGCUUAUAUUGAAACUAAUGGAGACUGGGAAUGUGCUCCAUGCAGUACAGAACUCCGACAACUCAUGUGUUAUGAUCAAGGUGUUGACAGAGAAUCACACAUCUACAGGUUAAUCCAGAUUAAAAAAACGUGGUUUGAUGCUCAGCUGUACUGUAGAGAGAAUCACAUUGAUUUAGUCACUAUCAGAGAUGAGACACAAAAUGAACAGGUGAAGAAAAAAGCAAAUGAGAGUAACACAAUCGAACCCUUCUGGAUUGGCCUCCUCAGUGACAAUGUGGAAUGGUUUGAUGGAGGAAAGUCGGCUUACAGAAACUAUAGUAAUACAAACAAUAAAAAUAACAAAACAAAUAUAUACACACACAUCGCUAAGAAUGUGAAAUGGACAGAAACUGACACCAAUACCUGCAAUACUCAUUGCUACAAAAGCCACAUUCAUGUCAGUCAUGAAAACAUGUCCUGGGAGAAAGCUCUGGAUUACUGCGAUAGUAAUGAGAAUACUUCUGGACUCCUGCGCAUCGAGUCUGAGGAUGAUCAGAUAGAAACGGAGCGAGAACUAAGGAGGAGGAAUAUUUCUGGUCCAGUGUGGGUGGGGCUUAGACAGAGUCGACUCUUUGGAUUCUGGAUUUGGUCCAAUGGGCUUCAUGUGGGACCCUGGACCAACUGGAAAGGAGGAAGUCAACCUGAACAUCAGAUGUCCCACCACUGUGGUGCCAUAGAGAAGAUGAACGGUGAAUUCAAAUGGACUGAUAAAAACUGCAGAUCUAAAUUUACUGUUUUAUGUGAGGGAAAGUAAUAUGAAACUCUUAAAUGUUCAACUGUUCUCUGUUAAAGGCACCAUGUCUGUUUGUGACUCUUAAAAGUUGAUUAAAUGCUACACUAAGCCUGUAACUGUUGUGGAUCAUCCCUCAAAGAUGAACAUACAGUGACUUCUAAAACAUUUCAUUGCAUUAGAAACAAAAUGUCAACUAAGUGGCGUAUGCAAACAAAUGAUGAAGGUCUCACCCAGCAUACCCAGAAUUACACGACCUGCUUGCUGCGAUUAUUUUUUCAUGGACACCCAGUUGUGGGCUUAAUAUUUAGGCUAUAUAUUAUUCACAGUUUAUGACCAGAGAGAGCCCU